AUGUUUUUUUUGUGUGUGUGUUUGAUUUUUCCAUGUGUGUUUACAUAUGAAGUGACAACCAAACCGAAUAAUGUUGAAAACGCAAAAAAUGUUUCCGAUUUGACAAAUAAUGUAGCAACUGUACCAAGCAAUGCCUCCAAUAAAAGUAGUGACACCAUCAUUACUCAAAGAAUUACUCAACCAUUGCAAACACAGAAAAUAGAAAGAAUUUCGGAAACUUAUACGCCGCUACGAAACGGUUCAUUAAAACUAGAGAAUAAAACUGAUAAUUUUGAAAAUUUUAAACCUAGUCCACAACUGGAGACUUACUACGAAUAUAAUAAGUUUCCGGUAGUGCCUGUUUUGCCAGAGGCAAAAACCUUUGGGGGUUUUACUAAUCCUGGCUAUUCUUCAAACAGUUGGGAAGAAAAACCUAGUUUACCAGUAGCUUGGUCAAAUAACCAGGGAUUUCAGAAUUCCUGGUUUGAAAGUCCAAAAAAGUUUAACACAAAUCCUACUACCACCGCACAACCUUGGUUUACGAGAGUGAAAUUUCCGUCACCAGCAGUUAACGAAAAUCCAUAUACAUUUGUUGGCAACGAAGGUGGAUUAAAAAGCUACCAUCCUCCAGUCAGUUUUGCUACAACAACGGAGGGCUUUGCUUUUAACAAACCUGUCGAUACUUCGACUAGAAAUUUUAACAAGCCGUCUCCAGGACUGUGGCAGAAACUAAUGGGAAGCGUCAGUAACGUCGACAAAAAUGCUGUAGCUGUUCAAAAAACGUUUCUGGAUUAUAAUUUAAUGGAAAAGCCCUCACAUUACAACACCCCGGUUAAAGAACACGAUACCGGGAUUUCUUCUUAUGGGUCGUCCAGUUCAUUGAAGAAGAUUAUAAAAUUGUUAACUGCGAUCAUCCCUAUUGGCUUGUUCAUCAGUGCCCUUACUCCUACUGUAAUUACUGUUACAUCUGUAAAUGACACGCAAUCCUCUUCCAGAUACAGAAUUGAUAAUCCUAAACAUAAAGCAAUAGCUAGCCGGCUGGUAUCUUCCUUAAAAUAUGCUGAACAAAUAAGAAGUUGUGAAGACAAAAUACUGUGUGAAUUACUCGUCACCGCAAGUGUGUCAAAAAAUUCUGAGGAGCAUAUUCAAAAUUUGCUGGAUACCUUCUCUGAACAUGAAGACCUCCACAGUCAAAAGGAGGACCUGUUAAAGGUGUUUGAAGCUGUGAAGAAAGAAGACUGUAGGUCAGUAGUGUGUAAAAGCAAAAAAAAUCCGUCGUAG